ACUAUAAUAGCACGGGGAAGCCUGAUGCCAGUGUGACAGACACAGAAGCACACCCACCCAGGCUGACAGAGUGGUCAGAGGCAGAAGAGGGGGACACAAGCCCAGGUUCCAGAAUGAGUGGCAGAGUGGGUGACCUGAGCCCCAAGCAGCAGGAGGCCCUGGAGAAGUUUCGAGAAAAUGUCAAAGACUUGAUGCCCAAGCUGCCACCUCACCUUCAGGAUGACUACUUCCUACUUCGCUGGCUGAGAGCCCGAAGCUUUAACCUGCAGAAAUCAGAGAGUAUGCUUCGAAAGCAUGUUGAUUUCAGGAAACACAUGGAUUCUGACAAUGUGCUGGAGAACUGGCAGCCUCCAGAGGUGGUCCAGAAGUACUUGUCUGGUGGGUUAUGUGGGCAUGAUCGUGAAGGCUGUCCCAUAUGGUAUGAUGUAAUUGGUCCUAUUGACCCCAAAGGUCUUCUAUUCUCAGCUUCUAAGCAGGACCUCAUGAAGACCAAGAUGAGGGACUGUGAGUCAAUGCAUAAAGAGUGUCGUGCUCAAUCAGAGAAGCUGGGAAAGAAAGUGGAAGAGGUUGUGAUGAUCUAUGAUGUGGAAGGUUUGGGACUGAAGCACUUGUGGAAGCCUGCUGUGGAGCUGUAUGGAGAGGUCCUGCAGAUGUUUGAAGAUAACUAUCCAGAGGCCCUGAAGAGAUUAUUUGUGAUAAAAGCACCCAAGCUUUUCCCAGUGGCAUACAACCUUAUCAAGCAUUUCUUGAGUGAGGACACUCGCAGGAAGAUCAUCGUAGUUGGGGAUAACUGGCAAGAAGUACUUCAAAAAUACAUACCUCCAGAGGAAAUACCUAAAUAUUAUGGUGGAACCCUAACUGAUCCAGAUGGUGACCCAAAAUGUAAAUCCAAGAUAAAUUAUGGAGGAGAUAUUCCUAAAACGUACUAUGUGCGCGAUCAAGUGCAGGAGAACUAUGAGCACACUGUGACCAUCAACAGAGGCUCCAGCCAGCAGACAGAAUAUGAGAUUCUCUUUCCUGGAUGUGUCCUCCGGUGGCAUUUCCAAUCUGAUGGUGCAGACAUUGGUUUUGGGGUAUACCGCAAGACAAAAGCAGGGGAGAGACAGAAAGCAGGGGAAAUGAUUGAGGUACUACCAAAUCAGAGAUACAACGCUCACAUGGUACCAGAGGAUGGAACCCUUACAUGUGCUGAUCCUGGUACCUACGUUCUUCGCUUUGAUAACACAUACAGCUUUAUUCAUGCCAAGAAGAUUGGCUACACUGUGGAGGUCCUUCUGCCUGAUCGCAGUUCCGAGGAAAAGAUAGAGCAGCUAGAAAAGAAGAUGGAGAGUAGUCUCAGCCUCUAAAGUAACCAUUAAGGAUGGAUUCUUCUCUCAAAAACGAUUACAAGGCCCCAAAAUGCAAUGUUUCCAUAUGACAUACAUGCAACAUGUUAAACUGUUUAUAGGGCUGAGGGCCCUGCAUUUGGUUAUUUUGUGACUUAAGUAAGACAUUCAGAAAUCCUUUUAUCCCUCUUUGUUCCUGAGUGGCCUACUUUGAAUCAGAGACUACAAGGCCAAGUGACAAAUUAUUAAUAGUUAUCUCUUAAUGAACAGUUGAUACAUGAAGAUAGGUGAAGGCUGUUAUACUACAAAUUACAUUUUCAUACUGGAAUGGCCGUGAGAUAGGGUACUACCCAGUUAAUCUGCUUAGAACGCUCUUUAACCUUACAGUGUACCUUGUGUUGUUUACCUUUAUUCUGUAAUACAAAGUGAACCACGUUCUAGAAUUAGUUUAAAAAAAUCUAGGACAUAUCCAAUUUGUAUCCAAGAAUUCAUAACUGGUAUUGUCCACAGAGAACCUUGUUCACCUUAGCACCCCUGGUAUUAUAAUGCUCUGUGUGAUAUUUCAGGUAAAAGUUGGCUCUUUAGCUAUUGCUUUGCACUGCCCGUAAACCUUGGUAAGAUUAUACCUGGCUAGCUGACAAAGGAGUUUAAUUUAAAGAAUAGUCAGAUAGUUCCAGGAUUCAAGCUACUGAAAUAUAUUACCAUGUGUUCAGGAGUUCAGUAAGAGCCAAAGAGCCACUAAAUGUUAGUUGGGUUCUGUAAUAGUGAGUGAGAUCAUUUCUGUUUACUUGACAGGCGUACAGUCUUCUUUGAGAUGUAAUAUAUAUGUAUUUACUGUUAAAGAAACAGUAACACUCAAAGAGCACAUUUCGUACACGCCAAAUAUGUAUGUAAAAAAGGUAUAAAAUGUGCAUAUGUUUACUGCCAUUAAUAACAUGAUACAAACUGUAGCAGUCUGGGAGCUGCCAUUCAUUUAAUCACAUAUGUGAAUUUUCUAGAUACCAACCAUGCUUUAUUGGCUGCAAAUGGAAGCCUCCAAAAAGCAAAAUACAGAUUUGCUUUCUGCUUAUUUUUGUCUCCUCUUUCCCAGUAGAAUGCAUGAUGAUAAUACCCGUUUUCUGUAAUAUCCAGGGAUCUUUGCAGGAGUAAAAUACACAGUCACCAUGUCCCAUAGAUUUCCAUGCAACGUGGUCUUAGUGUGUAAUUUUAUACUAACACUAUUUAUACCAAAGUAUAAAUACUACCAACAUCUUACUAUAUCCUAUAUGUUCUAGUGCAGUUAGUUAUAUUCUGCCUUUGUAAACUAGCUUUCAGAAACUUUAUUUCAGCAGCUCCCAACCUUGUACUAAUCUGUAUGAUCAGCAUCCUAGCAAACCAUUGGUAUCGUUAUGUAUAAAA